AUGAUCAUGUUAUUUAAAGGCAAUAGUAGUAGAUUAGAACAUUUGAUAGAGAAAAUUCAAGCUAAUAAAGAAAAUCACGACGUGUCAACCGACGAUAUUAAAGAGGCACUGGGCAGCGUAGGUAGCGCGGCAGCAAGCUCUUGGCCAUCCUCCACACCGGAACCUUCACCUUCUCCAACCUCGACACCAACAUCUGCUGACGCUGCUGAUCCUGAAGCCGAAGGAGAUCCACCCUUCACGCUCGGUGCAACUGAGCACACGCCCUACCAGUGUCAGUUCUGUGAUAAGGCGUUUCCCAGGCUGUCCUACUUAAAGAAACAUGAACAGCAAGUGUAUGUCCAAAACGGCCCAUUUGGAAAGCCAGUGCGUAUAGAUAUGCAUCGUAGUUGCGAGCCAGUCCACGGCCCUCAGAGGUUGACGUCUGGCCCAUUACAGAGGCCGUAUAUCUCGGCUCCUUUGUGCAACGCCACUGUAACCGCACCACGAUUAUCCGACACACGCCGGGACAGAUGUAGACUAGAUAAGGCAAAUAGAACCGUCACUUUGCAUAAUCCCUACUACAGUUCAACUAGAUUUGCAUCUAGCUGUGUCAAAAGUUCUGCAGAUGUUUCGAGAAAGCAUUCUUUUAUAUGGAAAAAUCGUAAAAGGAUUCUAUUAGAUAAUCGGCAUGCAAUUGCAGUCACCUUUGCAGAUAUCAAUCUCAAGGCGAGGUGUGUGCCGACAAAUGUAUCGGCAAGAUCGCGUCUUAGCUUAGAGACAGGCUGUGACGGCCGGAAAUAG